AUGACGGGCUCAUCUCUUCCCCAGGUGUACAAGGGCUUGGACAUCAUCACGAACAAGGUUUCUCCCCAGGAGCAGCGGCUGUGCAGGCACCACAUGAUCAGCUUUGUGGAUCCCCUCGUCUCUGACUACACGGUGGUGGAUUUCAGAGACAGAGCCGUGGCUCUGAUUGAAGAUAUCUUUGCCAGAGACAAGAUCCCGAUUGUUGUGGGAGGAACCAACUACUACAUCGAGUCCCUGCUCUGGAAGGUCCUUAUCGACACCAAGAAGGCCAGCACAGCCCCCGGGCUGGUCGGCGACAGGAAGGUGGAGCUGGAGCAGCUGGACGGUGUCGAGCUCCAUCGCCGCCUGAGCCAGGUGGACCCAGAGAUGGCGGCCAAGCUGCACCCCCACGACAAGCGCAAAGUGGCCAGGAGCCUCCAAGUGUUUGAACAGACGGGGAUCCCCCACAGUGAAAUCUUGCACCAGCAGCAGGAGGAGGAAGGUGGGGGGCCCUUAGGUGGGCCCCUGAAAUACCCCCAUUCCUGCAUCUUGUGGCUCCAUGCAGACCAGGCAGGGCCAGCAGACGGGACGGGUGCCCGUCUCUGCGGAGGCACCAUCAGCAGAGGGGUCUGCAGCAGCCUGAUCCUCCAGCACUGCCUGGCCUGGAGACCAGGGCUGGUCAAACAGCAGAGUCCCUGCGGGUCUCAGCAGCGAGUUGGUUUUGCCUGGACCGUACCUGCCAAGUGGCAGGAUUACCAGCAUGGCAUCUUCCAGUCCAUCGGCUUCAAGGAGUUCCACGAGUACCUCGUCACUGAGGGGAGUUGCUCGCCGGAGACCAGUGCCCUGCUGCUGCAAAAAGGGAUCCAGGCCCUGAAACAGGUGACCAAGAGAUACGCCCGGAGGCAGAACAAAUGGGUCCGAAACCGCUUCCUGAAACGUCCCGGGCCCAACGUGCCCCCAGUUUAUGGCUUGGAGGUGUCUGAUCUGCUGCGGUGGGAGGAGGAUGUGCUGGAACCUGCUCUGGAGAUUGUGGAGAGCUUCAUGCAGGGACGUGAGCCUCCAGCAGAGCCUGUGAAGAUGGAGUGUGAUGUAAACGAGAACAAACGGAGUCAUCGCGUGUGUGAGCUCUGCGACAGAGUCAUCAUCGGGGACAGGGAGUGGGCAGCUCACACCCGAUCCAAAUCCCACCUGCACCAUCUGAAGAAGAGGAGGAAGCUGGAGGCUGCCAGCCAUGCUGCAGAGACUGGGGGGGCCAGUGGGGACACGCAGACCUCGGGCGAGGACAGCAGCUUGCCUGUGCCAUAG